CAAUUUCCUAUUUCACAACAAUCUCUUCUCUUAUUUCCAAUCUCUUACGACUGAUAUCAUCUCUCUUUCUCUGAAUUUGUUAUCUUAAUUUCACUCUCAGAUAAUGGAAACCAAAUCACUCAACGUCGAUGUUAAUGUAACGGCUUUGUUUUUUACUCCAUCUUCAGGCUUCUUAAACGAGUUAAUAAUCAUUCGACCCAGAAACGUCGAGGAAUUUCUCAUAGACGAGAACGAUGAUAGUGUAACGAGUCUUGGCUCUUAUCCGGACUCUCCUCCUUCCGACCCACUAAUCUAUCUGAAUUUCCAAAGCUUCGAACCAAACUACCUCUAUCAACUUGUCCAUACCCAACUCCACGAUCAUGUCUUGUCCAAACAAAUAUCUGACCAGAUUGUUGUUAAAGCACAGGAGCUAAGAAGUGAUCAAAGUUCUGAUCACUUGCCACAACAACCUUUAUUCAUGGGAGUCUCCGUCAGAUUUACACGCAAGGUAUACAAAGUCGUGUCUUGUAACUGUGCUCCGUCGACAACAGAUUUGCUGGACACUGAGACCGAAGAAGAAGAAACAGAGACUUGUGCGAUUUGUUUGGAGGAUAUGUUGGAGUCGGGAUCUAUCUACCAUAUGCAUCAUUGUCCGCAUCUGUUUCAUCAAGGUUGUCUCAACGAGUGGUUGAAUCGACAACAAAAUUCAUGCCCUCUCUGUCGCCAACCUGUUUACCAGUAGCAAAAGUGAAACAGAGUCUAAUAAUUAGGGUUUCAAAACAUGGCUUUUUUGUGUGUGUAUGGUUGUAUAUUUUAGUUGAUCCGUGUGUUGGAAGUCUAGUUAGGGUUUCAAAUUAGGUUUUGUUUUUGUUUUUGUAGUGAUCAUGUCGUUAAUGUAGGGG